UGGAUCGAGCGAUCCAGUCUGAGUGGAUGGCUCACCCAUAAAAUACAUACACUCACUGGAGUCAAGUCAGUCAAAUCCAACCCUGCUUAGGCACGCGUGUAGAUCCCGUCAAGAUUGAUUAAGGCGUGUCUGAUUAAGUGCAUUGGUAAGCCUACUUGAGUGCGUGUUGGUCUGAGAUCGCAGAUUGAUUCCCACGCGAUUUCGUAUCCUUGACAUCUGAUUGCUGGAAAAAACCGCGACCCAUUCUUCGAUCCAUCGAUUCAUCGAUUGAAGUCAUGAGCGGCUAUCCCGGAGGAGGCGGAGGCUAUCCUCAACAGUCCGGUGGUUAUCCUGGCGGCGGUGGCGGUUACCCUGGCGGUGGAAAUGUCGGUGGUGGUUAUCCCGGCGGUGGAGGCUAUCCAGGAGGCGGAGGUGCCGGGGGUUACUCGGGCGGUGGUGGCGGCGGCGGCGGCGGCUAUCCGGGCGCUAGUGCCCCUCCGGGAGGUGGCUAUGGUGUGUCUCCCGGAGGAUAUGGUGGUGGUGCCCCUCCACCUCAAAAUUAUGGCGGUGGCCCACCCCGAAAUUCGGGGGCUUUUCCCGGCGCUCCGCCCACUCCACAAGUGGACUCUAAUAUCUCACAAUGGUUCAAUGCAGUCGAUCAAGAUCGGUCCGGAUCGAUUACGGCACCGGAGCUUCAAAAAGCCCUGGUGAACGGCAAUUGGAGUCAUUUCAGCGAAGAAGCUUGUCGAAUGAUGAUUGACAUCUUUGACAAGAACGCUUCGGGAACGAUCGACUGCGACGAGUUCCAGCAGCUGUAUAGUUACAUUAAUCAAUGGAAGUCCGUUUUCGAAUCCUUUGACAAGGAUCGUUCGGGGAGGAUUGAAGAGUCAGAGUUGAUGCAAGCGUUCCAACAAAUGGGAUAUCGUUUCACUCCGACCUUCGUUCAGAAUCUUCUUUCCAAGUAUGAUCCCCGAUCGAGGAAACUCACUCUGGACAAUUUCAUCGUGGCCUGCGUGCAGAUCAAGCGGCUAACCGAUUCGUUCCGCGCUCGAGAUCGAGAAAUGAGAGGGCAGGCCAACUUUCAAUAUGAGGACUUUGUAGGUCUAGCCAUGGGUGCUCACAAGUGAGCUACAUCUCUGUGGGCUGCCGCCAUCAACCUGGAUAUGCUGAUUCUGAUGGAAAAGCAGCCUCAUCCGACCAUAAGCACCUCCUCACUUUCCCUUCUUCAAUAUCUUUUUGGUUGAUCUUUUGAAACUUGUGUUUGAUGUUAUGUAAACCCACGGGAGCAACGACUUUGAAAACAAAUAAACAAAUUUAUUCAAAUCA